CCCAACCUCUCCAUUUCCAUCUCCAAGAUAGAAACAAACUUCACUCACACCUUCUUUCCUCUGCAUCUCCUCCCAUUCUCGCUCUACGGUACCUUUGAUUCUCUCUCUCAAACCUCUCCCCUCAAAAGCUAAGAAUAUUUACAAACACACACACACACAACUGUGUCUUUCUUGCAAUUAGGGCUAGGGUUUUUCUGAUACAGUUCUUGAUCAAUCAAAUUUCAAUCUUCUUUGCCAUAUUAGAGUUAUUACGAAUUUGUAAUUUCCAGUUUCGUUUUCUGAGACCAUGAAGGUUCAUCCAGUGCCGAGGAAGCGUAACAUCACGCUUCGAUACGCCGGCCUCCAGAAGAAGCUCAGGCGACUCCCCCACAUCUUCGCCAAAGUCCUCGAACUUCCUUUCCACUCAGACGCAGACGUUUUCGUCCAAGAGACCUCCGAUUUCUUCCAAUUCGUCGUCAACACCGACCAAAUCGCCGAUGAAGUCAGGGCCCACACGAUCGAGAUCUACCCCGGGGUUACCAAGAUCGUGAUUCGAGGGACCAACGCCAAUGUUCUUGACUUUUCUGUCGACGAAUUGGAGCUUGACAUGUGGCGGUUUCGUCUUCCGGCUUCGACGCUGCCGGAGCAGGCUACCGCGGCCUAUAGUGGCAGAGAGCUCGUCGUGACGGUCCCCAAAAAUGCGAAUUUUGAUGAUGAUGAGGAGGAAGAAGAAGAAGGAGGAGCUUGGGGUGGAGGGAACGGCGGUAUCGGAGCGGGACGGCUUGUUUUUGUACAGUAAUUCGAUAAAAAAAAAAAAAAAAAAAAAAAAAAAAAAAAAAAACCUCUCUUGCUUUCAAUUUCCUGUUUGUUUGGAAGUUAAAUUGUCGUUUUCAAGUUUAUGAUCGAAUGUGUUCUAAACGCUUUAAUGGUUCAAUCAAGAAUUGCUUUUUUCUAGAUAUUGUAA